AUGAUUAGUGACGAUGAUGAUGAUGAUGGACAACAAGAAGAAGAGGAAACAACAGAAACUAGUCAUGACGAAGAAGAAAUAACUCAUCAUGAUCAAAUAGAAUUAGUUUAUAUUGCAUUAUCAACACCAAAUCAAACUUUGAUCAAUAUUCUCAGUGAACGAUACAAGGAUGUUCAAACUUUUACUGAUGAAAUCGAAUGUGUAGAACAUAUUAAGUCCACAAAAAACAAAAUAUUUUUCAUAAUUGAUGGUGUACCAUCAAAAACUCUUAUUGAAGCAAUGGAAUCAUUAAUCCAAAUUGAUUCUGUAUUUGUUUAUUUUCCAUCACCGGAUGCUCUUACUGCAAUCAAUCAAAAACAACAUCAUUAUAUACUUAAUUGGUGUGAAAAGGACAGCAUUCUUCUAGAAUCAAUAAAGAAAUCUCUCGAAGAUCUUGAAAAACAUGCAGCUACAUUUCAUAUGUUUAAUAAAAAAGAAAAAGAAAAAUAUGAUCUUUCAAAAGAACAGGGUUCAUUUAUAGUUUUUCAAUCAUUUAAAUCUGUCUUUAAAAAUAUGCCGAAAACAGACGAAGCGAAAAAAACAAUGGUAAAACUAUGUCGAGAUUACUGUCGAGGAAAUUCAAUUGAAUUAGCAAAUAUCGAUGAAUUUGAUCGCGCAUAUAAAGCAUCGGAUGCCAUUAUAUGGUAUAUGCAAGACAAAUUUCUUCACAAAAUUGUUAAUAAAACUCUUCGAACACAAAAUAUCGAUCUUAUGUAUCAAUUUCGUUUUUUUAUUACAGAUUUAAGUGAACAACUUGAAUUAAAAUUUCAAGAACUUAAAAAAACACAAAAAGGUGUUUUAAAACUUUAUCGUAGCGUAAAAUUAAGUCAGGAAGAAGUGACUAAUUAUCAAAACAGUGUUGAAGAUUUAAUAGCAAAUAGUACAUAUUUAUCGACAACUAGCGAACGUUCAAUGGCUUAUGAUUUUGUAACAAAAUCUGUUAAAUCACCAGGUGUUGUACGCACUUUAUUCGAAUAUACAAUAGAUUUAAAUAUUGUUCAGAGUAUUAUUAUCGCUAAUGUUAGACAAUAUUCAGCAUUUCCUGAACAAGCUGAAUUUAUCAUUGAUUGCGUUCAUGCAACUGAUCUCGUCUCUGAAUAUGUUGAAUAUGAAAAGAAAAAGAUGAGAGAAUCAAAUAUAAUGUUACUCUUCGGUGAUUUACUUAUUGAAAUGGGUGAAUAUGCUAAAGCUGAACGAUAUUUUGAUAGAAUUCUUCGUUCAUCAAAUCCAAAUGAUGAAGAAAUUGCUUGUAUAUUUUUUAAUUUUGGUCGUAUAUACCGAUUACAAGGUAAAUUACAUCGUGCAAUAAACUGUUAUAAUCGUGCAUAUAAGUUAAAUAUGCAUGCUCGACCAGAACGCUUAGCCAGUGCUGGAAAAUGUUUGAAUGAUCUUGGAAUUGUUUAUAGUGAGAUGGGACGACAAGUGAGAGCUGAAGAAUGUUUUCAAGGAGCUAUGGAAUUAUAUAAAAUAAGUCUUCCAAAAGACCAUAUUGAUGUUGCUGGAACGUUAAUUAAUUUGGGUACUAUUGACUGUGAUCGACAAAAUUUUGAAGAAGCAUUACAUAAAUAUCAAGAAGCAAUGAAAAUUUAUGAUAGUCGUCUUCCACCAAUUCAUCCAAGUCGAGCGCUACUAAAAGUUAAUUUAGGUAAUGUUCAUCUGACUAUUGGAAACUAUAAAAUUGCUCUUCAAGAAUAUGAAUCAGCAUUGAAAUUACAAGAAGCAUUCUUACCAGCUGGUCAUGCAGAUAUUGCUCGAACAUUAAAUAACUUAGAGAUUGUUCAUACACAUCUAGGAAACAAGGACGAAGCAAAUAAAUACGCAGAACAUGCAAAAAAAAAUAAUUGA